AUGCAAUUCUCUACUGUCGCUACUGUCGCCGCCGUCUCUGCCGUCGCUGCCGCCCAAUUCAACUCCACCACCACCGCCACCGCCACCUCUUCUCAGACCACCUUGGUCACCAUCACCCACUGUGAGGACGACAAGUGUCACGAAACCGUCUCCCCAGCUUUGGUCUCCACCGCCACCGUCACCGAGAACGAGACCGUCACCAAGUACACCACCUGGUGCCCAAUCCCAUCCACCGAGGCCAAGGCUGCCCCAGCUACCUCCAAGGCCGCCCCAGCCACCUCCGAAGCCGCCAAGCCAGCCACCACUGCUGCUGCCGCCCCAGCCGCCAAGAACGCCACCACCACCAAGGAAGGUACCUCCACUUCCACCCACAAGGUCACCACCUACACUGGUGCCGCUGCCCAAAUCUUGCCAGCUGCCGGUGCCUUGGUCGCUGGUGCCGCCGCCCUUCUAUUGUAA